AUGAAACUAAAAAGGGAGUAUGAUGAGUUAAUAAAAGCAGACGCUGUUAAGGAAAUAGCAAAAGAAUUAGGGUCUCGACCUCUAGAGGUUGCUCUUCCUGAGAAAUAUAUUGCUAGACAUGAAGAAAAGUUCAAUAUGGCUUGCGAACACAUUUUAGAGAAAGAUCCAUCACUUUUUCCCAUACUUAAGAAUAAUGAAUUUACGUUGUACUUGAAGGAGACUCAAGUCCCUAAUACACUCGAAGAUUAUUUUAUUAGGCUUGCAAGCACAAUUUUGUCUCAACAGAUCAGUGGCCAAGCAGCUGAAAGCAUCAAGGCAAGGGUUGUCAGUCUUUAUGGCGGUGCAUUUCCUGAUUACAAAAUCCUUUUCGAAGACUUCAAAGACCCAGCAAAAUGUGCAGAAAUCGCAAAAUGUGGAUUGAGUAAAAGGAAAAUGAUAUAUCUAGAGUCUCUUGCUGUCUAUUUUACUGAAAAAUAUAAGGAUAUCGAAAAGCUCUUCGGUCAAAAAGAUAAUGAUGAGGAAGUGAUUGAAAGUUUAGUUACGAAUGUAAAAGGUAUAGGCCCAUGGAGUGCCAAAAUGUUCUUGAUCUCCGGAUUGAAAAGAAUGGAUGUAUUUGCUCCUGAAGAUCUAGGUAUUGCUAGGGGUUUUUCAAAAUACCUUUCAGAUAAGCCAGAAUUGGAAAAAGAAUUAAUGCGUGAAAGAAAAGUAGUUAAAAAGAGUAAGAUUAAGCAUAAGAAAUACAACUGGAAAAUAUAUGACGACGACAUAAUGGAAAAAUGCUCUGAAACAUUUUCUCCGUAUAGGUCUGUGUUUAUGUUCAUACUUUGGAGGCUCGCGAGCACAAAUACAGAUGCCAUGAUGAAGGCAGAAGAAAAUUUCGUGAAAUCCUAA